AUGGAACGGGGCAAGCCGGCGGCACGCGUGAGCCGGACGGGAAUGCGGGAUCGGAUGGCGAGGGGAGAAGUGAGGAGGGGAUGUGGGUGGUGGGGGCAGGAUGUACGCGUUGGCCUCGGGCAGGAAGGGGGAGAGAGAGAGGAGAGAGCCGUGGGAGAGCCGGGUGGGUGCGAUAAGUGGCCAGCCCUAAAGCGGAGACCCAGGCGGACCCGAGUGCCAAACGACCAGUUCUCUCGAGCACAACACGCCCACACUCUAUCCCCACCUUCCUCUCUUCACACCAUGGCUCAGACCGCCGUCAUGGGUCCCCCCCUCUCUCCCAGAGAAACACGACGCUCUGGACGCCGUACAGCCCCCUCUCUCUCAGCAAGCACCUCAAAUUCCCCGGACUCCCCUGCCUCAGAGGCCCUCCCGACCCGCCCCCCACAACCCACCCAUAGACCCUCACUCACCUCCUCCAACAGUGGCUCUCGGAGCAAACGCUCAAAACGUGAAGAUACCGCCGACAUCGUUGAUGAGCACCAGAAGUAUCCCAAUGGCACCCACCCCUCCAGCGGCAAUGCCAAUGGUCGCGCCAAACGCAAGAGCAAGGACAAGGACAAGCCCUCUGUUGACAUAGCCAUCGAUCCUCCGCUCUCAAAACCCGACCUACCGGUAGCAAAUAUCACGAUGGACUUGGCAGAACCCGACGAACAAGACGGCGUUACUCGCUGCGUGUGCGGCAGCACCGGCGAGGACGAUCCAGAUGCCGGGGAGUUCAUGGUCCAAUGCGAGACAUGCAAUGCAUGGCAGCAUGGUCUGUGUAUGGGCUUCGAGGCUGAAGAGCAACUCCCCGAGGAUGAUUAUCAUUGCGAGCAGUGUAGACCCGAUCUACAUGUCGAUCUUCUAAAGUGCGCCUACAAAGCUAUCCAUCCCUUCGCGUCUAAUGUAGUCUGCGCGCGCCAUAGGAGACUUGCAAAGCGGGCCCGCCACUCUUCGACGGCCUCCCACCACACUUCUACCCUCGCAGCUCGUGCUUCUCGAUCACACUCUCCCAAUAUGCUUCUCAAACCCGCCAAGCGGCGGAACACGAUGAACAGCAGAGACGCCGCAUACGAUGAGAGUCUCAAGGAAAUCAUGGAGGCCACCGCUGCCGAGGCGGCUGCCCUCAAUCAGCCUUCCGCGUCUGUCAACGGGAGCGUCAAUGGGCAUGUGGAAGACGAACAGCCCGCGGUCGCAGUCAAUGGAAGGAAAAAGCGGAAGCGAGGAGAAGACGACGCCGAGUCCGUCAAGCGCAUCAGGUCCGCCUCAACGACGUCUGAUCAACCGCGUACGAUGGCCGCGGCGCGCGAGGAGAUACCAGCCAGUGCUCCAAGCAAAUCGGCCAUGCCAGCACCUCCAGCAAAGGCUAGCAGUUCGCGGAACAGACGGGGAGGCCGAAAAUCUGCUGUACAAGCGCAAGACGUAGGUUUGGCAGAGGGCGAGGAAGGUGGUGGCGCGACCCCUCAAAAUCGACGCACCAACAAUAGCCGAGCUAAAGGUGGAACCGCUGCGGCAAAGCGUGGACAGGCGGCUGGAAAUGCGGCACACGAUCACAGUACGAGGCGCAAUAACCAAUCCGCCCCUGCCAAUGGUCAAGGCCCCAGCACGCAUGCUGCGCCCUCGAACUCGCGUGCACAUCACACUUCCCACGCGUACGUGGUAUCCCAACAGGCGUUGUAUACUUCGUGGGGCCUCCCAGAUUAUCUUCUUCAUCUCGAACACAUACUGCCUUCGGCUGUCCCUCGGCCGUUGCAGGUGUGUGGUUCAGGAUUACAUGCCAAUGGGAGACAAGCCCUGGAACGAGUGGCGGAGAGGGGGGCAAGAGUAAAGUGGCCGGCCAAGAGGACGAGUCUAACAGACAUGAACAAGCGUGUGCGGACUCUCGUAGAAUGGGUCGGCAGGGAGCAGGCCAACUCAUUGGAACGAGGUCGGCGGAGGGAAAAGUUAGACGCAUCUUUGAGGGAAACUGGGCAUGCCGACGUCGUGCUCAGUGGUGAAUUUGGCAUGGGUGAUGUAGUGGGACGUGUUGCCGACGGAAGCACGCAGAUAGCCCUAGACGACGGACAACAACUUGCUACAUCGCCCAUUCAGGAGAGACUUCCUUCUGCACCGAAGCGGGUGCCGUCAGGAUCCGAGGGAGAGUCAACGAUGAGGAUGAUGGAGGAGCUCAUGUCUGAACUAAUAUCUUUCCAGGAGCGUUUUGGACGGGCCUAG